CGUUUAAAACUUAAAAAGAAGAAGAAGCAGAAAAGAAGAAGCGAGUGACUGUCGUGAAGUGGGGGUUAUGGGGGAGCUAAGCAGCUAGCUUUGAAGCUAACAGGGCUGUCUGCUGAGUCGUCGGAAAACAGCAGCUGAACUGCUCGGUAACCGAGUCUGAACGACUGCUAGCGAGAUAAACAAGACUGGUAAAUAGCCAGCGACGGCUAACCUGCUAAUGUAAACACGGAAAUUGGCAUCCCUUUUAACCCGGGUGUUGGUUAAACUGCUAACGUCGUUUGUCGUGCAAGUGCAGCGGAAUGUAAUAAGUUGGUGAAGACACACAGCGACGCGGAGUUCGAAGCAUCCAGCGUGAAUGGAAAUACACGGCAAGCGCAGCUUUAUUUUCAAGGCAAUCCACAAUGGACUCGAGGUCUCGCAGGCUUCCGUUUUGUCUGUCCAGCUCAAGGUCGUCCUACAUAUCCAGUCCUACGCAUUCAACAGUCCCAUCCUCAUCGCUGGGCUCCAGUAGGCUAUACAGCAGAGAGACGGUGCUGAAUAAUGACCGCUUCCCAAGGGCGUCAUCGCCUUACAAGGCAGAUGUCGACAAACAGAGUUCUCGUCUCCUGAGCUCGACAAGAGACUACAGUAACUCUGACAGUCGCUCCAGUAGCUGGAAGUUGCCCUCUCUGACAUCGUCCAGCAGAUCGUAUGAUUGCCAGUGGGCCGAUUCCUCUCUCAGCAGCAGGAGCAAACUGACUGACUCUGAGGCGAGGUUUGGGAUGCGCUCGGGUAUGUUGAAUGCCGUUGACGACGGCGACUCUAAAAGGGCCAAACUGUCAAGCGCCAACAGAGGAAUUUACUCAAGAAUGGCCAGCAGCUCAGUUACAGGAUCCACCUACUCCAGUAAUGGGCUUAGCAGCGGCAGAGGAGAAAAACCAAAUGACUCUCUUGAUUCUUCGUGGAGCUCAUGCCGAUUACUCUCACGGUCAUCAUCGUCAUCAUCCUCUUCAUCUUCCAAGCCGUUAUUGUCCAGAAGAGACCAAGAGACAAAGAAUGAGCCCAGUCUCUCAGGUUUGGGAGAAAGAAGAGUUAGGACUCCUGGAUUUGUUUCCUCAUUAUAUCAGACAGGCCGGGUGACCUCCACAUAUGCACAGGGAGCUCGUCCUAAAGAAACUUCCUACUCUCCCUCAUCAUCUUCUUCCUCUUCUACUCGAGAAAGCUCCCACUUGAAUCACCACUUCUCCUCUUCUCACGGGACUUCUCCUCAGGUGCAUAACUUCAGGAACAGAAGCGCAACCCGUUUUUCAAAUGGCUCAUCAACCCUCAACUCAUCUCAGGAACAAACGGAAAGGCCCGAAUCCUCCUCUCAUACUUCCUCCUCUUAUUCCUCCAACGCACCCUGGUAUGCCACUCCCGUGCCCAGACCAGAGCCCACGCUGCCGAGGCCGAUCCCUGAAGGCGCUGAACCGGAGGGCCGUCGCUCUACACGCCGCCUUUUGUCCCGUCUCUUUUCACGGCGCUCCAGCCAGGACUCUUCAAGCGGAUCUUCCAGUGUUCGUUCAGUUGAUGACGACAGCCCGUCAACUGGUGGGGAGUCGGUGGACAGCGAUGAAGGAAUCAGGAUGUCUAGUGUGGACCCCGACACUGGAAGGUCAACCAUCGGUAGCCUCAGGAAAAACAGAGCAGAUCUCAGCUCUAUCCAGGAAAGCAAUCGCGGUGACUAUCACAGUGGCCUGCCUCGACCACGAAUGGCGUCGUGGAGAGAGCCUGGUGUCAGCAAUGGAGGCGGCAGCAGCUCCUCCUGGCUUUCUUCCUCCUUCCGCGGCCGCUGUCCUCCUCUCCUCUCUCGCCUCAGAAGGCAUGCCAGGGAUGAAAGCACGCAGUCGACUGUGGCCUCAGAAGAAGGUUACAGACGGCCCCAGCGUUUACUGAGAAGGUGGGAUGAUCUUGAGCUUAAAACCUCACAGGAUGAUGGAGACGAUGAUAAUGAAGAGGAUGAAGAAGAGAAUGAAGAAGAGGAAGGAGCAGUUGGUUUAGAGGCCUUUGGUGCUGGGCGUACUUAUACAAUCGAGAAUGAAACAUUACCUGAACUCGAAGAUGCCUCCGUUGAAAUUUCACCACGGCGUAGAGUCAGGGUGUAUGAAAACAUUUCCAUUUCUGUGGGUCCUCUGGGUGGGGCUGAGAGCCAGCCUGACGACCAGAAAGAGAAGAACAUUUCCAGUAGGGAUCAAGAGAAGCUGCGCAAGAUCAAAGAAAGACUGUUGCUGGAGGAUUCUGACGAGGAAGAAGGUGAUCUGUGCCGAAUCUGCCAGAUGGGGGAGGAAUCUUCAUCCAACCCCCUGAUUCAGCCGUGCCGCUGUACGGGCAGUCUGCAGUAUGUCCACCAGGAAUGCAUCAAGAGGUGGCUUCUCUCCAAAAUUGGCUCAGGUGCAAACCUCGAAGGCAUCACAACGUGUGAACUCUGUAAGGAGAAGCUGCGUUUGAACAUUGAUAACUUCGACAUUCAGGAGCUGUACAGGACGCAUGUGCAAUCUGAAUAUGACGAGUUCAUCAGUAGUGGUCUCUACCUGGUGGUCCUGCUGCAUUUCUGUGAGCAAAGGUUCUCAGAUGUCCUCGGAGCGGUCGAUACAGCUGGGUUAUUCAACCUGGUGAGAAUUCUUCAUGAACACAUGGACAAUCUUGAAAUUCCCCAUGGAGAAAGUGACGAGGAGGUGCGAGACAACAGACCGUCCAUCGAGUUUUCGGACCUGGAUGACGAUCUCGAAGAGGAGUACUAAAUAUGUGGGAAAGAAUAAAAGUAGGUCAGACGAUCUGCAAUUGCAGGGCUUCUCAUUCCAGGGGGCUCACCAGGUUUCACACAGGCUUUGACAUCUGAAAUGCAACAGCGGCUACAGAUGCCAAGUGCACAGAACAUGUCUCAACUUUUCUGCAGAUAUGCAAACUUGGAAUGAAUUAGUACACAAAAUAUUUAGGUUAAUACCACUAUAUUGUUUCCCUGAGAGUGCACUUUAAUUCAGUUAUAAUUCAAUUAAAAUGCAAGUUUUUUUUCUCUUUUUUUUUAAAAACUGUUAUACCACAAGUGCUUUAAUGUUGAGAUGAAAAAGCAGAAACAGAAUGGGACUGUGGUAACAAGUGAUAUGUACUUGGUGUGAUGGCGAUUGCGAGCUUUGGGGGAAAAUAAUAAUAAAAAAUGAAAUUAUUCUUUUGUGUUUUUCUCUGAUUAUUUUUUGUUUCCCAGUUAGGAAUAUGAUAAAAAUAGAAAAGGCCGGGGGGGACGUACAAAGACAGGACAGUUUGUCAAUGGUGUAUCAUAAUUGCUUUGUAUGUACACAUCUCGUUUAAUGCUUCUAAUUUUGGGAAUAAAGAAUAAUUGCACACUG